UAACCUUACUCAUUAAAUCCACUCACAGUUUAGCAAGCCAGAAUCAUUCACACAUAUUAAUGCCUCUCUGACAGCUCAAAGCUUGCGUGACAGCUCUUGACAUGCGCUUUGUAAUGAAUCUGCUGAUCAUAAAUUUAAGACGCUUUUCCACAUGAGUGGGAUCGCGACACAGAAAUUCCACAGCCGGACGGAAAACUUCCCAGUAUCAAUUAAGCAAAAUUCGUGAAAGGACUGUCUUGUUGGGGACACUCGGACAAGUAGGCUACAAGAGAUAAAGAUUCAGUAACUAUAAUUAUUUUGAGUUGCCUAACUGUUGCACACCUCUUUCUAACUAACACGUGAGGAUAUUAGGACACAGAAGACGUCGCCAAAUCAGCUGGGAAGCGGAACCGGUUGGUAAUUUCUCUUUUUUCCAUAUAGCCCACUGCAAAGUGUGUUCCGUCUUGUUCUUAAUGAAUCUCCCCCAAACAAAAAAAAAAAAUGCGGGGUGUGGUCAUUGUGCUGAGAGAGAGUUGUGUUUCAGGGAAAAGACACACACUAGUAUUUGAUAACUAGUGGCCCGCGCGGCCCACCAGUGCGAAACUGAAAAUUGUCUGCAGCCCUAGAGGUUGUGAGCGCGGCCCAACUUUGGUCCGCGGCCCUAUGGUUAGAAUCCCUGCCCUAGAGCAUCAGUAAAUCAAAUCUGGGACAAAUCCAUCCAUCCAUCCGGUAGGGAGUUAUGGACCAAACGAAAAUACGGCCAUCUUGAAUUCAGCCAUAUUGAAAUUGUUGGCCUCCAACAUCUAGGCCUACUCAGUUGAUGGACCCUAUGGUUAAGAAUCCCUGCCCUAGAGCAUCAGCACACCGAAUCUGAGACAAAUCCAUCCAACCGGUCAGAAGUUAUGGGCCAAACAAAAAUUCGCCCAUCUUGAAUUCAGCCAUCUUGAAAGUGUUGGCCUCAAACAUCUAAUCAGUUGAUGGAACUACCCUAGAGCAUUAACACACCAAAUCUUGGACAAAUCCAUCCACCUGGUCCGAAGUUAAAGACCAAACAAAAAUUCGGCCAUCUUGAAUUCAGGCAUCUUGAAAGUGUUGGCCUCCAAAAUCUAGCAGUUCAUGAACCUGCCCUAGAACAUGAACACACCGAAUCUGGGCCGAAUCCAUCCAUCCGUUCAAAAGUCAUCUCGUUAACACGAAAGACCUUACGCGGUGGUGGACGUGGAUGCGGUGGCGCACGCAAAACCACUACAUCCCUGACGCUCCACAUGUCGGGGAUAUAAUGAGAACUGUCUCAACAGUGUCAUUUAAAAAAUAUAUUUUUAAACCGUUUUGUUUUCAUCUGCCUUUGGUUAAAGGUGCACUGUGUAGGAUGGUGGCCAGACUAGGUACUGCAAGCUGCUCAUUGAAACUGUGCAGUCUAUUGACAACUUAGUUUUGACGCUAAAAAGAUCCUCCUUUUUCAUGUGUGAAUAGUGCAAUUUUCUCAGUCAUAAUGAAUACUUACAGUUUGAUAUUGGUGCUAAGUGUUCUUGAAAAAGGUAACAUUUGUGAAUGGGAAGCCUGGAUUCUGGAAAUAAACAACUAAAAAUAUUACACAUUGCACCUUUAAGGGUAGUUACAGUAUCUACUCUCUAUAUAUUUUCCUCUCUCUUUCACUCACAUUGAGUGCCAGUUAUGUAGGAUAAUAGGCUAUACAAAUCUUGCUAUUGCUAUUAUUUAUUGUAAAAAUAACAACAAUAAUAACAUGACAUUAGUAUUAUUAAUUGAGAGUGCAUGUACUCUCUAUGGUAUUAUUAUAUCAGGCUAUUUUAUUAUUAUUGUUAUCAUUAUCCAGUCUGACAGGCCAGACCAUUCAUUUCCGAAGUAAUUAGUGGUUUUGUAAAACCAGGCUCAUUAUUACCAAGAAUCUGUAUUUGUGUGGCGCAACUCCUGCAGCUCAAGAUGCAAGAUGAUUGAGAAGAUGAUGAAGUAGAACAUGAACAUGGGAUGGUGCUGAUGAUGCUGAUGAUAAACACAGGAUGGCAAAUGUUGCUGCCCAAUGCUUUGCAGAAAAGAAUGGCAUUUGUGCAAAACGGCAUCGUCAGUGCUACUGCCCCGUUGAUAAGGAUAGACCAAGGCCACGUUCUAUGUGAACAAAUGGGGAGAAAGAGGGUUUGGCAUACAUAAGGGUAUACUGACAUUUAUGUGUAAGCUUGAACCAGAGACCAUCAAUUAGCUAUCACCAUGAGUGUAGAUGCAGCUGACAUGUGAUUUGAGUCACAAUGAAUAGGCGUAUUAUAACAUAGGCCUUACACGCCUUUUUAAGUAGCCCAAACUUUUACAAUUACGCAUGGAUAUCACCAUGGAACUCGUUUUCUGGUUAGUUCGGUUAUGCUAUAAACACAGACAAGCCACCUUCAUCUGAUUAAAGUUAAGAAAUUCCAUUCAAUUUCAAUCCGGGCAGUGCAUUGUAUCCUAUGUAAUAACUAGGCCUACAUGGAAAUCAACAAAGCGAAUAAAAAGCGCAAACAACAAACAUAUUCCAGCCGAGUAGGCGCAGCCGUUUGUUCCAGCGACUUCAAAUUAAACCAUUGCUUAUUCUAUUAGGCUGCUAUUAGCAAGCGCUGUGACAAAGGUCCUCCGAUUUAAAGUUACCCUAUUCCAAUCCAAACAUAUGCAAAAUCUAGUCAUCUAUUAAUUUAAAGCGAAAACGCGUCCAUAAUCCAUUCAGCGCGUCAUAUCCAAUGUCACAGCUGCCAGAUGGCAUUCUUAUCACCCCUGUAAAACUACUGAAGCCAUAAAUCGCGACGUUCAUGCUGUAGGCUUCGAACUGUGCGUAAGAGAUGUGUGCACAGUACUGUACAGCCUGUUCCCGGCACAGGCACCGCACAGCACAGCAGCCGGCACUUCACGGGUUACGGGUCAGGGUGUCUACUAGGACACUGUGUUCUCAUCAGCGCAAGCUACAGUACAGCCGGAACAUUGUGUUACUCCGUGGAUACUUUCCAAGACCUGCCCUUAUACUUUUUUUCUAACUAAAUCGCCCUCCCCCUCCUUCUCUCCGCCUUCUACCUCGUUCUCGUUUAGUUUUCCCUUCUCUCCAUGUGCCUGUGUGGUGGUGGUAACGUGUACUUUGAGUGUGUGCGUGCGUGCGCGUGUGUGCGUUGUGUGUAGCCUACGCGCCUGCAUGUGUGUGGAUGGGGGCUGCGGUCUGUCAGACUGCGAGUGGAACACAGAGUACCUUAGCUGGAAGAGGGCGGUCUCGAACACAGCGUUACCGCCAGCGUCGUGACACUGGGCUAGUACAGGUUGCCUUGCCGGCGCGAUUCCCUGAAGUUACAUUUCGGAUAUAGCCUAGCCACAUGAGAGGGAGAAGCGAGAGAGCCAGCUUGUAAGUCUAUGUUUCUUAACAAUAUGUUUACAAAAUGUCUAUUUGUCGUAGAUGUUGUUCUGCCCUUUCUUACCAGAUGGUUAUAGUAAAGUGAAAGAUAUGCUUGCUUGGAAAGCGUAAUACAGUCGCCGGUGCAUGUGAACAGAAUAUGACAUUAGGAGUGUUAACACGUUUCAGUGUGCCUUUUGCCUUCCGAUAUUGAGAUAAUACUACUGUACCCAGUGAAGAGAUUUACAGUUCUUAAAUUUAGGUUAGACUCCCUGUCUGUCCGAUCUAUUUUUCGGGCAAUAGUGGUUUGUAAGCUGUUUGCCUGUGAGAUAUAAAGAUAGGAUAUUUAAACAUAUUGCACAAAUUCAAAGAAAAUAGCAAAUAGCUCAAAACAAGCUUACUUAUAGGUUUCUCUUCAUUCAGACCCCCCCCCCAAACCACGCACACACACACACACAAACACACACACUUGUAGACGCACACGUAACCAAGCACAUGCGCGCGGGCGCGCGCUCGCGCUCGAACGCACUACAGACGCACUCGCACUGGGGUCAUUUAAGAACACUGGCAGCUUCUUCCGAAAACUGCUUGUCUUCACGUGCAUAGGCUCUUCACGUGCAUACGCUCUGGGUAGUGGGUCCAUAGAGAUGAACGCGCAGAAGAGCGAGUUCACCGAUGGGAAGUCCAUAACAUCACUCUUUGCCAAAGAGGGCACUGACAUCACUCCCAAUAAAGACAAAGGUGUUUGCAAGGUGGUGAGGAGGCAUGGGGAGGAGGGGGAUCGGCCCAUGAUUGGUGACAGGGUGUUUGUUCACUACACGGGGAAGCUGCUCAGCGGCAAGAAGUUUGACUCCAGCAUUGAUCGCAAGGAGAUGUUCAGCUUCAACCUGGGAAAAGGUCAGGUUAUCAAGGCCUGGGACAUAGGCGUGAUGUCCAUGAGGAAAGGGGAGAUCUGCACUCUGCUUUGUAAGCCUGAGUAUGCCUACGGCUCCACUGGAAACCCCCCAAAGAUACCUCCCAACAGCUCACUGAUCUUCGAGGUGGAGCUGAUGGAUUUCUGUGGAGAGGAGUUGACAGACGAUGGUGGCAUUGUGAGGCGAAUAAAGGUCAAAGGCGAAGGAUACACCAAUCCCAAUGAUGGCGCAACGGUCCACGUCCACUUACAGGGCACCUGUGGAGGCCGGGUGUUCGAGUCCCGUGAUGUCCGCUUCACUGUGGGGGAGUCGGAGGAUGUUGGCGUGCCUCUGGGCGUGGAUAGGGCCAUGGAGAAGAUGCAGAGGGGAGAGUGCUGCCAGCUCUAUCUCAAGCCCAAAUACGCUUUUGGAGCAGAGGGGAAAUAUAAAUAUGACAUUGGACCAAAUGCUGAUGUGAUAUAUGAAGUGACACUCAAAGACUUUGUAAAGGCCAAAGAAUCAUGGGAAAUGGACUUGAAUGAGAAACUUGAACAAUCACCAUUGGUCAAACAGAAAGGGACUCAGUAUUUCAAGAUGGGCCGCUACCACCAGGCGAUGAUCCAGUACCAGCGCAUCGUCUCCUGGCUGGAGAUGGAGUGUGGGGUCACCGAGGGUCAGCAACAGGCCAUCCGGAACCUGCUGCUCGUGGCACACCUCAACCUGUCACUCUGUCACCUCCGCUUACGAGAGUACUCACACGUGUUGGAAAACUGCAACAAGGUGAUUGACAUGGACGGAGACAACGAGAAGGCCCUCUAUCGGCGAGGCGAGGCCCAUCGGCAUCGGAACGAGUUCAGCCUCGCCCUGAGGGACUUCCGGCACGUUCUCCAGGUGAACCCCUCCAACCGCGCCGCCCACUCCCAGAUCACCCUCUGCCAGCGGAAGAUGCGGGAACACCACGAGCAGGACAAGAGGAUCUAUGCCAACAUGUUCCAGAGGUUUGCAGAACACGAUGCUAAGGUGGCCAAGCUGAAGAGGAGGCGAGACAGCAGCACGUCGAGUGACUUCAGCAGUAAACGCAAACACCGCAGAAGCCAGGACUGCUCCUGAUCCAGAAGGACUGGGCCAGGAGGACUGGGGCCACUACCAAAGCCACGUUGCCUCCUACAGGACUGUUGGACGCGGGCAGGCUGGGGACAAGCACCUGCUCCCUAUACCACCACCACCACCCCGGACCCCUCGCACUGAAGACGUCAGGUCGGGCACAGGCAGUGAGGCCAGAAUCAUAGAGACAAACGUAAAAGAUAAACACAUCAGAUCCCCCUGGGCUGGGAGGGGAAGCUCCGAAAGGCAUUCUGUCAAGGACACCCGUGGCGAAAACAAAAGACAAUACAAGACCAGAUGGAACUGGGGAAAGCUUGAAAAACUGUGCACGCUUCCUGCGUGUCUACUUGCAAUUUGGCCUUGUCUACCCUCUUGCGCUUGACUGAUCUGUCCAGCUUUCUUUUUCUAAUGCAUAGUUCAACUUUGCAUUACAAGGACGAUCUCCAAGUCAUUUGUUAUAUGCAACUGUGUUGGCGCUCCAGAUUUAGUUUGCUUUAGAUACAGACUUUCUUUUAUUUGAUAGCUGUUCAUUUGAGCACAAAAGGGAUGAGACUUCUUGUCAGCUGGAUGGUUGGACCCGGGUGUUACACACACAGUGCUUUGACAUCAAUUACAAGUAUGGCUAUAAGACUAUGUAAAAUGUAAAAUAAGAGGUCAUUCUGUUAACUAUGUUUCGUGUUGAAAAGAAUCUGUCAAUUAUGCAGAGUUGUGCACUCUUCCCCAAGGGAAAACAAAAAGUAAAAAAAAAAAAAAACGAAAGGUGACAUAGUCACGUCUGAGUAAUGUAAAGAAAGAAAAUAUGUCCUGCUCCAGAGUCAGUGAAGGAUCAUGAAAGUCCUCAAAAGCCUUUAGGUUCCAUCACGUUAUUGGAGGACCAGUCUGCUUCCAUUCUUCAUGGGAAAAGAAAAAAAAAUCCCUCUCACUCCUCUCUCUGUUGUAAUCAUGAGAGAGAGAGUAAGAAGUUUUGGUACAACAGGAAGGUCUGAAGGCCAUGCCCUUAAAGAAAACGUAUGCCUGCAAUCAAUGUUUUACCAAUCCCUGCAAUUUUCAUUUUGAUGUUCCUUUUACUGCUGUUAUAGACAAGUUGCCUGACAGUUGCCUGUGCAAUGAAAUUAGACAUGAAGGCCACUAAAUGACAAGGUAAACGUGGCGGUAGAAAAAACAAAGGAAAGAAGGGAGUCUAGACAAGGGCAUAUAAGCCGUGAAGGUUAACGGGCGGUGUAUUUUGAGGCAGAUAUCUCUUCCAAUGUGUCCUUAAAGCUCUUCGGCUAUAUCUGAAUGAGAAAACAUUUCUCGUGAACCCUUGUCAGACAUUGCCUCCUUUUGAUCUCUCUCACCUGAAAAUGGUGGGUAGUUUACAUCAAGUGCUAUUUGUACUGAUUCCAUUCGAUAACGUAUUUUGAUUAACUCAAACUGUUGUUAUAGAUACAGUUCAACAUGUAUUUUGCAUUUGGUUGAUUAUAAAGUGUUUUUGGGUGUUUACAGCAGCAUCAAUGAGAGUUUCGGAUCAGAUAUAUGACUCACUGCCUUCUUCUUCUUCUUCUUCUUCUUCUUCUUCUUCUUCUUCUUCUUCUUCUUCUUCUUCUUCUUCUUUUUCUUUUUCUUCUUCUUCUUCCUCGUCUUCUUCUUCUACUUCUUCUUCCUUUUCUUCUUCUUCGUGUCCAAGGCUGCUAUGGCACUCGUCUGCUCCGUCUAUAUUUGUACAACCUCAAGGACUUGCAGGAGACACCAAAUUCUUCCCCCUUUUGACUUCUCUCCUCUGCUCACAUCUGUGGUGUCUUGUUGUUCUCCUCUUUGACUCUGUUGCCUUGGCCAUCAGUAACCGCAUACAUAUUAUUACAUGUCGUGCUUCGAACCGCAACUUUCAAAAAAGUUGUGUCAGUCAAAGCUUCUGUCAGGAAAUAAAACAGUAAGUCACACUAGUGUGCAGCUGUACCAAAAAAAAGGACAAAAAAAACAAUUGUCAUUGUUUAUUUAAGUGUUGAUGUUGACAUUGCCCAGUUUGGACCAGUGGGUAGCAACAGUGAAUUGUUUGAUACUCGGCAACACACAUAAGCCAAUGGUCAAGAAUCAAGUAAUGAAAGACCAUACUGAACCCUCACUUGCAAGUGAGACCAUUCCUAACGUGCCCUGCACUCAAUCAUGUGUGUUCAUUUUGAAUGCGCUAAAGCUAAUUUGCCAGCACAGGGUGAUGUUUUCAAGAUGUUAAACACCAUUCUAUUUCGUUACAGAGAAUGUAUUAUAUUAUGUCAAUUUGUUCUUGAAAAUCCAAGCACCCCAUUUGCUUUAUCCAAAGUUACACAUUACCAAUAAAAAAGAGGGUAAUCAUAUUGGUACAAACACAGCAAAGUAAGUAAUAUUCUUCUUUUGCACAAUCUGAUAAUGGUCUGCUGUUUAUUAAAUCUUCUGUACUUUGAAAGGAACCAGACACACUUGGGGUUAUUAUAACCUCAAAGAAAAUAUAUAAACUCAGACAGGCAUGGGUGUACUAAUGAAUUGUGGACUUGCCGAUGCAGAUGUCAUUAAAAUUGAAUUAACCUGUAAUGUGAUGACAAAAACGAAACCUGUAACGCUUUGUCUCUUUGCAGAUAAGACAUUAGUGAAAAAAAACAUUACCUUGAUGACCAUGUCAUUAACACUGUCUGAGAGAAAAGCAAAGACUUGAAAGCCUAUUUUUUUAUUAUUGGAAGACUACGAGGUUAAUGAGCAGUACUGUAAAUAAAUAUUUCAUUCAAAA